UAAUGUGUACGUAUGUGUAUGAGAUCUAAAUAGUCUAGAUAUUGUUACAAAGUUAUGUGUAUUGUAUCAGUCAAUUUUGAAACGUCAAAGUAGCAACAGUUUCAAAAAAAUAUUGUUCUGCUCUUUGGUUUCCUCUCUCGCGGUAAACACUUAGUAAGACAGUUCUUCGUAAACAUAAAUUUAGCUAAAAAUUUGUUGAUUUUGAAGAUUUGUAACCUUUGCGUUAUUAAUAGUAUAAAAGUGAAUCAAACAGCAUUGUUUUCGAGAAAAAUACAUUUUUCGUUGGUUUUGUUCAAUAAUUUUAAAUUAAUCAACAAAAAAGAAUAGAAAGAUUCGUCAGUCGAUACAGAUGAUAUAGUGGAGAAUAAUAUAAAAAAAUAACAUUAAGCAAUAAUCAUGGCUGAGAAUGAAACUAUUAGUAAUCCCCAGUUUUUUGAAGGCGUAGAAAAACUUCUUGAGAUUUGGUUUACACCAAAUCCAUCGAACAAAAAUGCCGAUCUAAGGAAAAUUCCGAGAUCCAUGUGGGAUGCUCUAUUGAAAUCAGUUAGAUGUGAAAUAAUAAGUUUCAAACGAAAUGACCAAAUCGAUGCGUACGUUUUGAGCGAAAGCAGCAUGUUUGUUUCGAGGCGUCGUUGGAUUUUAAAAACUUGCGGCUCAACAACACCAUUGGAAUGCAUUGAACCGCUCUUGCAAAUGGCUGAGACACUUGCCGGCUACAUCAAUGUUGAUUAUUUAUUUUAUUCGCGAAAAAAUUUCAAGCGUCCCGAUUUGCAAGUAACUCCUCAUCGUAGUUUUGAAGAAGAAGUUGCCCUCUUGGAUUCAUUUUUUGACAACGGACAUGCAUACUGUUUGGGUUCGCUUAACCGUGAUUGCUGGUAUUUAUACACGUACAACCGCGAGGGAGGAAUCGCGGCACAGCAACAAUAUGAUAACAAUAUUGGGAACGUGCUAUCAAUUGAACCUGAUCAAACUAUUGAAAUUCUAAUGACCGAUCUUGAUCCAGAUGUUAUGGCAUUAUUUACAAAGGAAGAGUGCAAAAAUGCUUCUGAAGCCACACAAAGAUCUGGUAUUGAGAAACUAAUUCCGGAUAUGAUAAUUGACGAUUAUCAAUUUGAGCCGUGUGGUUAUUCCAUGAACGGUAUUUCGAAACACGAGUUGACUGGAAAUGAAGAAUAUAAAGAAGGUCAGUACAUGACAAUACAUAUAACACCGGAAACCGAAUUUUCAUACGUCAGCUUCGAAAGCAAUAUUGCAUCAUCAAAUUAUGGAGAUUUGAUUUCCCGUGUUAUUAAGUUGUUUCAACCAUCGAAGUUUCUUGUCACCAUCUUUGUGAGUAAGACAUCGAAAUCAAUUGAUGCAGGACAUGAAUUAGACUAUAAAACAGCGAUUGGUGAGUGGAAACGACGCGAUAUACAAUAUUGCAGGUUUCCAGGCUACGAUUUGACUUAUGCCCACUAUUCCAAAUUUCCAAGCUGAGGGUUACUGAUAAUCUCAUUUAUCUAUCACUAUCCGUUUGUAAUAACAAAAAAUUUGAGUUUUUCGCACAUCAAUCAAAAACUUCUUGUUUCAAAAGCUGAACAGUUCCGAAAGUUACUGGUUGAAAGUGCAUCACAUGAAUAUGUUGAUAUUAUUAUUAACAUUUUGAUAAAUCUACUCUAUUGCAUACAGUUUCUUCAUUUCUAUAUCAAUGAAUACUCGCCACUGAUACUUUUUUCUUGGUGGCGCAACAAAAUUUCAUGAAUGCAAUUUUAUGCAAAUUUCAAUCUAUUAAUAUCUAAACAUAAAAUCAUUUGCUUUUAAACACAAUCUAAUUCAGACACUAGACAAAGAAAACCAGAAGACAAAUGGAAUGAAUGCUUUCUAUUAUAGCAAUUUUAUUUACGACGUAAAUUUAAUGACAUAGUUUCUGUUUUUUUGCAUUGCAUCUUGUUGAGUAAGUGCAAAAUAUCACUUGAUUGACACUUUUCAAAUUCAAAUGAUGAAUAAAUAUGUGAUAUGUUUGGCACUUUAUGAUUUGAAGCAAAAACUCCCAUGUUCAGACCAUAAACAUUUACUAUAAAUAGACAAACCGAAGAAAUCGGAUUUAGGAAAAGAUUAUACAACAGAUUAUGAACGGAUAGAGAUUGGUAGUGAGCAGAGUUAAAAAAAACCAUUUGGGCAUUUUAAAUAUUUCAAUUCAAUCUUGAGAAUUGCUUUUGGAAUAAAACUGUGUAUUCAAUAA